ACCUCGAGAUCUCGAGUCUUCAUUGAGUAACGCGAGGACUUUUUUUCACGCGUUUCUGCCGCGAUACGAUUUACACCAUGCUUACGCAAUCACCGGUUUACGAUCCACGAUGUGGAAAGCUGUCCGACGCAAGGAUUACGUCGAGCGACAAUAAAAUCAAGAGUCGAAGCUGCUAUGUGAAAUUUGUAAUUCAACUUUACACACUGACGACAGGAAUAAUUAAACCAUUACUUAAUUUGACGAUUAGCAGACAAGUACAGUAUUCCCAGAAGUCGGGAAGAUAA